AUGCCAAAAACAAAACAGAAACAAAAAAUAAAAAUUGUAAACAGCGGCGGAAGACGAGCAACGAACGACGAUGACAGAAGAUGAGUGAACAUCCCGGGUGGAGGAACAAAACGACGAAGGAGAGGACUCUUCUGGUGGUCUAUGUGUUCUUGCCUAUACACCUAGGGGCAAAAUAGUCUUUUCGAUUUUAGAUUACAGUCUCACUUUCUGGCCAGUGGGUUUUGCAGUUGCAGUGAACGAGCAAGACGAAGAAGCUUCGCAUUCCAUCGUUUCGUUCCAAACUGACGGAAUUUUCAAAUAGCGAAUAAUGAGAAUCAAGACACGUGGCGGACGUAGAAGGCUUUCGUGCUCUGCAGAUCCUCCUUCUCCGAUCACCAAGCAGGAUGAAUACGUUGCAGCCGAGUUGGAGAUAUCACAUGGGGGUGGUGGUGAUGAUGCAAAAGAUGCUCCAAUGGUCGAUUGCAUUGAUCAGCAUUACAAUGAAAAUCACCUUGAUGUUCUCAAUCAUGAACAGGACAAAAACUGUGCAACCGAAUUUGAGACAUCACAUGGGGGUGGUGAUGAUGAUAACGUGAAAGAUGUUCUAACAGUUGAAUGCAUUGAUCAACAUUACAAUGAAAAUCCCCUUGAUAUUCUCGAUCAUGAGGAUAUUGAUUUUCUCGACAAGAGUAUCUGCUUAUGCUGCAAUAAACGUGGGGGAGUGUUAGUAUGUAGUGGAAGUGGUUGCCCUGUGGGGCUCCACCCCAAGUGUAUCAACUCCGAACCUAAGUUUGAUGAUUUGGGUAAGUUCUACUGCCCUUAUUGCUGGUACAGUCGGAAUGUCAAUAUGAAUCCAGAGUUGAAGGAAAGGAUCUUCUCAGCGAAGAAUGCUUUGUUAGGCUUGUCGGAUAAAGAUGUGGUUAUGAAUGACAGAUUGGUGAAGACCAAAUCGGCUGAUAAGAGGAAAGAACCUGAUGAUGGAGGUGGGAUCCCAUUAAGCAGUGAUGGUAGGCAGGGAACGGAUGAAGUCGGUGCUCAGCUCUUGCAGCCAAAGGUUGACCUACCAAUAAAAUUGCAAAAAGACGCUAGUGUUCAAUGUGAUAUAGCACUUGAAGAUCAAGCUUAUUCUGAUGGUGAUUUCAGAUCCUGUGGUGAAGAAGUUAUGCCAGUAGAUAUUAAUCUGGUUGAGGGUUCUUUGGACCAGGACAAAUUUGAUAGACCUGGAAAAGUCGAAAAAUCUUUGGAACUGAAAGAAAGCUUUGAAACAGGUAACUCAAGACUAAAUAAGGAGGAUGUACAUGAAAGAAUUAUUAAUGGCAGAGAGGAAGGAGGACAUUUAGAUGCUUUGCAUUUGGGAAAGCAUAUUGAAGGACAUUCAAAGGAUAUAGCAUUUGCCCAAGGGACGCAGGAAAGUUCUGUAAAAUCUGGAGAUAAGGGGAGGAAGACUGGCAAAGAAAAGAUUCCCCUUAAAGAAAACGAGGAAUCUGCAAUAGGUAGUUCUGUGAAUGAAACUAAUAAUUCAGAUUCUGAUGCCAUCUCAGGGAGAAGCUGCUGUAGCAAAAGGAAGAUCCAAAAGACAGAAUAUCCUCAGGAUGUUUACAAGAAACCAUUAUUACAGGGGAAUAACUUCAAAGAGGAAAAGGGCAGUGACAUAAAUGAGGAAGUUACCAGCUGCAGAUUCCGAAGACGAUCACAGAGUUCACAAAAGCAAGAAAUAAAAAAAUUUCCAUUAGCAAGACGAAACAUGUUAAUUUGGACGGCUGAAGAAGAAAAAAUUCUGCAGGAAGGAGUGUUAAGGUUCUCAAAGGAAAAUCAGAGAAUCCCUUGGAAUAGAAUUCUAGAAUUUGGUCGUCAUGUUUUUGAUAAGACCCGUUCACCUAUUGACCUUAAAGACAAGUGGAGAAAUAUCAAGAAAGGACAAAAUAAGAAACAGAUGAAUGGAUAGCCUUCGCAAAGCAACUGUGUAGCUGUGGAAAAACACGGGGUUUUUUGUUAUUAUUAUCAAAUGAUGGUUUGUUUUUUUGUUACCAUUUCGCCAGAAGUUGAAACGUGUAUAGAACUAUAUUGAGGUCUGUGUAUAAUUGUAGGCGCUUCAAUAGGCAAUAGUUAUAUACUUUAAUCAGGUAGUUUCAGAUAUUUUCAGAUAUACCAGGUAUAUGUCGGCCUACUCUGUUCUAUCAUUAUGUCUUGUUAUUCAUAUCCUAAUAGUGCUUAGCAAUAAGAUAUUAUUUCCCCCAUUUAAUACUAACUAGAAAGAGAGCUGCUGGUUGAGCAGCAUGUACCAUGUAGAUCAAGCAUAGAAAAUGACUUGUUUUGAAGUAUACAAAAAUGUAAGAUGAAAAUUUUGUGGAGCAAAUUUGAUCCCUAAAUUUUUAUCUUUUAAUUAA